AUGCAUUAUCCAUCGCGUCUACUUUCUUAUUGGAUCCCUACUGAUAUUGUUAUAUCAUCAGUCGAUAAACAUAUAUUCUUUGCUAAUAUGUCGUUCAAUCGAGUAUUACAUUUGUCAUAUGAAGCAAUUUAUAUAUCAACAUUUAGCUUACCUAUGGACCAAUCGAAAGUCUAUUCACCAAUCAAGCUAGAGGUAGGUGUAGAUGGCUACCUAUAUGUUACAACUGGUGCUAAUCGUUCGUUUGCAUUGAUAUAUAAAUACAGGACUACUGAUGAUCAAUUAAUUAAAAAUAUAUCUUUAUCUUUCUAUGUGCCUGCAGCAUUGACUAUUUCGCCUAUUGAUGGUAAUAUUUACGUGGCAACUAUCGACAUUGAUGAUACAGCUGUGUAUAUCUUAAAUAGCAAUGGUCAACCAACAGCAUUAACUAUGGAUAAAACUGCAGAAAGAUUUCUGCCGUUUCCCCCUUGUGUUAAUCUCAAUAUUUUUAUUGCUGACAUGGCUACUAACUGUAUCGUUGUUUUAAUGCCAAACGGAAGUUUGAUACGUACAUAUACGAACAGUCUUUAUAGCCCACAAGGCCUUACGUUUUCAGAUGAUGGUAAUUUACUUUUAUCGGAAUCGCUAGACAAUCAAAUAGUCUUAUUCGACAUUACAACAGCAAAAAUAUUGCAAGUUUAUUCUAGUAGUGACCCGUUAUUGGCUUCACCUAGUUUAGUGGCAGUUCUUAGUAGUAGAGAUAUUUAUGUUAAUAGUUUAACUAAUAAUGGAGCCUAUAGUAUUAUAAAGAAACUGACAAUGACGAACUCGUCGGCUAAUGUUACACAAAUUAUUGAUCCUAAACCUCAUUUCGGUUUUCCAGUUGUUUCAACCUUGAACAAUAAUGAUUCAAGAGAUCCCGCAAUAAGAUGUCCUAAUGGUAUAAGCAUUGAUUUACAGGGUAAUUUGUAUGUUGCUGACAGUGGUAAUAGUCGUGUUAUUAAAUUAUUGGUGAAUGCAACCAUCAUAGAAAACUAUAAAAUGACGCCACCAUUGCAGUUUCCUUAUGAUGUCAAAGUCAGAAACGAUAAGAGCUGUUUAUAUAUCUGA